AUGAUCUCGCCGGAGAGGAGCUCGUCACAGAGCCCGCGGUCGCCGGCUGCGGCGGCGGCGGGGGCGCCGUUCCUGUCGAUAUCCGUCACGGAUCCCGUCAAGAUGGGCACCGGCGUGCAGGCCUACAUCUCCUACCGCGUCAUCACCAGGACUAACCUCCCUGAAUUUGAGGGACCAGAGAAAAUUGUUAUUCGACGCUAUAGUGAUUUUGAAUGGUUGCAUGAUCGGCUUGCUGAGAGGUACAAAGGCGUUUUUAUACCUCCCCUUCCUGAGAAGAAUGCUGUUGAGAAAUUCCGGUUUAGCAAGGAGUUCAUUGAAUUGCGUCGUCAAGCUCUGGAUUUAUUCGUUAACAGGAUAGCUUCACACCCUGAACUCAAGCAAAGUGACGUCUUGAGGACAUUUUUGCAGGCAGAUGAAGAGAUAAUGGAUAGGGCAAGAUCUUAUGAGACUGGUAUUUUUAAGAAACCAGCAGAUUUCUUACAGAUAUUUAAGGAUGUACAGUCAAAAGUCAGUGAUGUUGUUCUGGGAAAAGAAAAGCCUGUGGAGGAAUCUACUCCUGAAUAUGAGAAGCUUAAAAAUUACAUAUUUGAGCUAGAAAAUCAUUUAGCAGAGGCCCAAAAACAAGCAUACCGUCUUGUGAAAAGACACAGAGAACUUGGGCAAUCUUUGGCGGACUUCGGAAAGGCGAUUAAGCUCUUGGGCGCUUGUGAAGGAGAUUUGAUGGAAAAGGUGUUUUCUGAAGUUGGUUCGAAGUCAGAGAUGUUGUCAAUAAAGAUGCAAAGAGAGGCAGACAACCUUCUCUUUAACUUUGAAGAAUCCUUGAAAGAUUAUGUGCGUGCUGUACAAUCUAUAAAAGCCACUAUGCUGGAUCGAGCCAAUGCUUUCAGGCAGCACUUUGAUUUGGAUCAGGAGAGGAAGUAUAAAGAACUUAAUCUUGAAAAAUUGAAGUUUAUGAAUCCUGAGAAGUAUGCCGAAGCAGAGUCUGAGUUUAGAGAGUUGAAAGCAGACAGUGAGGAGGCUACGAAGAAGUUUGAGCACAUAGUUAGACUAAUGAAUGAAGAGCUCGCUCGUUUCCAGGAGCAAAAGACAGCUGAUACUGGACUUGCAUUCCAUGAAUUUGCCAAGGGUCAGGCUAAGCUAGCUAAAGACAUUGCGGAUGCAUGGCGCAGCGUCCUCCCGAAGCUCGAAGCUUGUUCCACAUCAUAA